CACACACACACACACACAGAAAAAGAGAGAAGACAGUCCCAUCUCUUCAUUCCCAGUCUGCUCAGUGUCUGAGACUGAACAGGUUUUCAUGCAGGGACAGACAGCAGGCUGCUAUUAGACCUAACAGGAAAAUGGUACCAGUUAAACUCCUCAUUCUGGGAGCUCAGAACACUGGAAAAACAGCACUGUGUGUACGUUUCAUAACCAAGCGCUUCAUUGGUGAAUACGACCAUAAAAAGGAGGUGACCUAUAGAUGCAGUCGGGUGGUGGACCAGGAAGCUGUUGAUCUGGAGAUUUUGGAUGUAGCUUGUAAGGAGAGCUCUGUGGCUUCUCUGGAGUCUUCCAUCCGCUGGGCCGACGGCUUCCUGCUCCUCUACUCCAUCACACAGCGUCUCAGCUUCCUGGAGGUCCCGCGACUCAAGGAGCUCAUCGACCAAACCAAACAGAGUCUAGGUAGUGAUCCUACGUUGUCAUUAUCUACUGCAUGUGUGAAAGGUUUUGGCAGGCGUAUGAUGCCCACAGGAACAUGUGUGUGUGUGUGUGUGUGUAGGUGCAGUUUUAAGGAGCUGUCAGUGGCAGAAGCAGUUUUAGGUGUGGAAGCAGCUGUGUUUCAGCUCAUCAGGCUGGUGUUGGAUCAGCAGCGGCCUCUGCCUGACCGCCGCUCCUACAUGCUGACCGUUCGCCACGCUCUGACCAGGAAACUGACCCGCUCUAAGACCAUGCAGUGGUGACCGCAGUAGUCUGUUGAAUCACUCAGCAUGUAUGGAGUAAGCGUUUUAAACUCCUAGUCUGACAGUGUUCAAGGCAUCUACUUGAUAUGGCUGUUUUCUAGCAUUAGCCUGCAGCAUCAGGUUGUCUGGAUUCAUGGUGUGUCGAAGAAUUUUAUUAAAGUGUAGACUACUACACUAGCUAUAACAUCACAAAUAUGACCCAACAUAAAUGUUUUGCCACUCGAAGCAAAUCACACCAAAGAAAA